AUGGUUCACUACUUCAACCGUCCGAUAUCUACGGUUCCUCCGCACCUGUAUGGUUUGGCAGAGAUGGUAUACCAGGCAGCAGUACAUGGAGAUAAUGAUCAAGUUGUGGUCAUAAGUGGUGAAUCCGGAUCCGGAAAAACGGAAGCAUUCAAAAGAAUCACGCGUUAUCUGGCAGCUGCAAGCGAAUCUCGGGGAACUGCACUCAGUUCCAUAGCCAAGCGCGUUUUAGAGAGCACACCUUUGCUAGAAAGCUUUGGCAAUGCAACUACCUUACGAAAUGACAAUUCGUCACGCUUCGGCAAAUAUGUGGAGAUAUUUUUCGCAGACUCAAUUAUCAUUGGAGCAAAAACUACCAAUUUUCUUCUAGAAACCUGUCGCGUUGUCCGUCAGAGCUCAAAUGACGAGCAUCAGACGUCUGAAGGAACCAAAGCGACCUACACGUCACAUUCAGAUCUUGAUGGACUUUCAAUACUGCUCGACGCUUGGCACACGCUUGGAUUGCCCAGAGAAGAAAUAAACCUGUGUCUUCGAGUUAUUUCAGCCAUAUUGCACCUUGGAAAUUUGAAAUUCAAAGAAAGUUACGAUGGAGACAAGUGCACAAUAGCAAAUCCCAAAGUGGCAGAAAUUGCAGCCUUCGAACUGGGAGUUGAGCCUCAGCAGUUGACAAAAGUUAUCACAAUGAAGCUGACGCAAACAAUGCGAGAAAGCCUGUGGAGUCCAGUUCGGGAGAGUCAAGCCAAAGUCAAUCGGGACUCGAUAGCCAAGCAAAUCUACUCCGAGCUAUUCGAUCGGCUGGUAGCCAUGCUCAAUGAUCGAUUAUCCCCGCCGGACAUGAGCGAGAUCCACACGACCAAGGGUGGUGUGCACACUAUUGCCCUUCUGGAUAUCUACGGAUUUGAAAAUCUGCCAUACAACUCGCUGGAGCAGCUAUGUAUCAAUUAUACAAACGAAAAUUUGCAAAAAUUCUUCAACCACUACAUUUUUGAAUUGGAGCAACAAGAAUACGUCAAAGAAGGAAUCGAUUGGCAAUUUAUCGCCUUCCCAGAUAAUCAGCCAAUCAUAAACCUGAUAUCAGGAAGGCCGAACGGCAUUUUCCAUAUUUGCAACGACGAAGCCAGUUUGGCAGCGGGUACGGACAGAUCUUUCCUUCAACGCUGUCAACGGGAACACCGUGACCAUCCGAACUUUUCGGUGCCGAAAUUGAGUUCCGAUGACAGUUUUGCGGUUGUACACUUUGCAGGAGAAAUAACCUACAAAAUCACGGGUUUCGUGGAUAAGAACCGAGAGCAGAUGAGAAGCGAAGUGUUGAAUCUUCUCAUUGAAAGCACGGAGCCAGUGGUGGCCAGCAUGUUUCAGAAUGUCUACUCGCGUCGGAGCAACCUGUCAGUGCCUGGACCUCGUCUGAAAACACCCAUGGUAUUGGCUACCUUCAACACAUCUUUACAAAACUUGAUGGAAAAAAUGAAAGAGUGUCAGCCACAAUUCGUCCGCUGCAUCAAACCCAACAUGGAGAAAAAACCGAUGACGCUCGAAGACGCUAUCGUCUUCGACCAGCUACGGUAUACAGGGGUGCUGGAGGCCACCCGCAUUCGAAAGUCUGGGUUCCCAGUUCGCCCAAAUUACAACGCAUUUAUACAGAAUUAUGGCUUUCUACUUCCGAAAACAGAGCAUCAGUACUUACGAAAAUUGAGUAAUCCCAUGGAAGCAACUCGCUACCUAAUGAAUCGUCUGAACUUGGGUAUUGGAAUUAACGGAGCUCCCACGAAAGGAAUCGACUUCGAGCUAGGAAGAACCAAACUGUUUAUGCGUAACCAAUUGGCUGCGAACCUUGAUGCCGUGGUUUCACUAGUUCAGGCCCGAUCCGCUCGGAUAAUUCAAAACGCGUGGCGUCGUCGAGGAGACGGGUUGUAUGAACGAGCACGAGAAAAUGCUUGCAAAGUUAUUCAGGCUUACUACCGGGGCUAUCGUGCCAGACGCCAGAACCCCGCGGUGUUCAAUUACGUCAGCAAUCGAGUUGAGGAUUUGGAAACAAGCGAACCACCCAAGCCAUUGAAUGACCUUGAAAUUGCUCGACUGGAUCUCCCAGGUGACUUGGUAUAUAUUCUCGAAGAAAGAGGCGAUGCUGAUAUAAUCAUCUGUUUUCAGACAAAUAUCGGCUACACACUGGCUCCUCUACAAAGGCCGCUUCUGCUAGCGCAUGCAACAGAACCUCAAAGAGCUGCCUGUGUUGCUGCGUCCAAACUGCUUCUUCGACUCGUACACUUGCCGGAGCAACCAAUCAUGGAACAAUAUCUGACUGGCAGCUAUCUGUAUCAGUUGCUUCUUCGACUCGUACACUUGCCGGAGCAACCAAUCAUGGAACAAUAUCUGACUGGCAGCUAUCUGUAUCAGUUGACAGGAAUUGUGGGUAAUGUGCGGUAUCUGUUGCCUUGCGAUUACACUUCUCCCAUUAACUUCCACUUGUUCACUUUUUUCCGUCAGGCACUGACUCACAAAUCUCUGCACAAAGAAAUUUUAGCCCAGAUGCUUAGUCAGUCCAUCAACUGGCCGUACGAUUGGGGAACUCUGCAGGACUCAGACAAAGAGGAUGAAGUUUGUCUGUUCGAAAACUUGGAGAAUCGUCAUCAAGGAACAUACUCAAUCGUCGAUGGGACGCUGAACGCUAUGGUUAGCAACACAAGCCAUAUAUAUGUGAAUGACCUGAAACGGAGAGCUUAUCGUCGUCUUUGGAUGCACAUUGCUGGGAUUCUGACUUGUGGACGUCUAUCUAGCACACUGAAACCAAUAAUUGUUCGGUUCCUGAGGCAACACGGUCCGCCCAGAUCUGUACCGCUUUGUGAGGAUCGUCUGGUCCUCGCACCAUCUGUGCCGCGUCUCUAUCCACCCUGUCUUCUGGAGUGGCGCGUGAACUAUACGGGGACUAACAUGGGCAUUAGUCUUACUUUUCCGGAUGGUCUUGUAUCCACCAUACAUGUAGGCUCCUUCACCAAAGCGGAAACUCUUGCCGGAGUAGCAAUGGCAUUGAGCAUCCCAGUCCAGGAGUCUUGGCGGCCCCCAUCUAGUAAUGGAUUCGCUCGAGGCAUUCCACGCAUGAACUUGGAUCCGGCUACGUUGGCCAAUGCUAUCCACGGAAUGGAAGAUACGCCUUCAUUAGAAGGACCUAAAACAUCUUCAACCCGGUCAGCUACACCGCAUUCAGUCAGUAGCUGGAAUAAGGCGGUACGAAAUAUGGCACUCAAACGUUUCAAUAGCGUAUCAAAAUCCGCCUCUUGUCUCCGCCGAGCAAGUAAUCGUAAGGAACGCCAAUGGCGAAUGGAAGGUGGAUCACUUCCAAGGUCUCGAUCGCCCGAAGAAAUUGCCGCAAGUGGAAGGAUUGCACGUGAUCCAGUUGAAUCAGGGUCCCCACAAGAUUUUGGGGGUACAAGGAAAUCAUCGUCUGCUGUGCCACACGGAAUGAGAUAUUUUACAUACGAACACAAUGACUGGAUAAUACGUGUGCGCAAAGAGGCAUGUUUCAUCCUUAUCCAUUCUCAAUUCCUUUCCCCUGCCAAGUUUAUCACACCGUGUGAGCGCAUCCGAACAACAAUUGUCUUAAACAUGGUGUUCGCCCAGAUCAUCACGGAUCUCUUCAAUCCCAUCAACCAACGGCUACGGCAGCACGAAAGGAAAGCAGUGAUGGAGAUGAUCGGCAACCGAUUAUGUUCUUCUGUUGUGGAAUACGUAAACCAAACCCCACUGGAGAUAAAGAAGAACGUUGUGAUUGCCUCCCUCAAUUUCCCUCUGUAUUUUGGCCGGUUUUUUCCUGUUGUGGUUUUGGGCGGUCCCAUCUCCGCUUCUCAGUGUCACUGGUUGGUACUCAGCCACCAUGGUGUGCGUUUGGUCUAUCAGUGCUCAGAUUCUCGUGAUUUCGAUAUUCAAGCCAGUGUGACCCUGGGGGAGAUAAAGAAGGUUGAAACAAGUCGAAUGGCGACCAUGUUAGGAUGGCGAACGGGAGAUACAACACAGGACGAAAAAACUGCUGGUUUAGCCAUUCACCUAAAAUUUCCCUCUCAAAGGGAAACAUCACUCAAGAAUUUGAGUAAUCUGCUCAUUUUGACGAGCACAGAAAAAGAAUAUCGAAUCUAUACGGAUAUGGUGAAUAAUUUUAGUAACAUGAAAAAAAGUUUGGAACUGAUUCAGGAGAUAUUCCUUCAGCGCUCAGCAAUGGCAAAGCAUGCACUGGACACGGAACACAAAAUAGAUUUAGAAAAUGUUGAGGUUCCGGGGCGAGGACUACGAUCCAUGCUACAGAGACUGAUGGCCGAAGCGGUGGAAAUCGCCGAGCAGCCUAGUGACAAUAGAGCGGAUAAAAUUUCAGAUCUGAUUAAAUCAUUCGUGAAAGAAUACGAAGAAGAGAUGAAACGUCUGAAAGAAGCGGCUGAGAAGCGAGAGUUGCGCACAGCACUUGGGGGAAGAACAUCCUCCUUGUUGUCCGACGGAGGCUUGACAAGAUGCACCCCAGAAGUCGGGUUCCGGUAUGCAUGCAGCCCUCCUCUUUUGACGGCAGCUUUCGGUCCUAGGGAAACCCCUACACCAACACUAACAAGCCCACAAAGCCCCUUGAAGUGCAAUCCACCGUUCCCACAUAAACCUCCUGUGGCCCCCACAAGACCGACGGCAAAUUCGACUCCAGACCAUAAACUCAGACAGCUAAAUAUAGGUCGGCGUAGAAAGUCCCUAACAGUGUCAGGUGAAUCAGUCUCACCAGAUUACCAACGCGUGGCAGACAGUCGGAAGCGGGUACAAAGUGUACCAGCAGCAAGAUCCCCGAAAGGGACCACAAUUAGCUCCAGAUUAACUCCUCCCAUCCGUCACGCACCAGAACCCAGCAACGAAGAGCAUCCAUUAAUCCCGUUUGCUGAGGAGAAUUUCGCAAACAAGAGUAACCUCUUGGACCAACUAAGUUGGCAGCCAACUACGGAAUCUUUUCAGCCUAUGCUACCGCAUCAAAAUGCUUUGGAUUCUGUCGAAGCCAAGAAAACUUUCUCAUAUAUCCUACAAUUUUGCGGGGAGGAAAAAUCUACCUCCCCGUCUUACAGAAUAUUCAGGAGUCUUGUGGAACUGGUGUCCAAGCAUCCAGGGCUCAGCAAUGAGACUUACUGCCAGCUGGUAAAGCAGACAUACCGAAACAGGAGCAACGUACCAAACGGCCAAGCAUCUCCCUGGCUUCUGUGGGCGCUCGUCUCCAUUUUUGUUCCAACGUCAGAUACAAUCAGGCCAUAUUUAGUCUCAUACGUGAACAGUGUACCUAGGCGGGAUAAUCUCUUGGUUAACGCGGCACAAGAAACGUUAAGUCGAUCUAUGACUCUUGUCGCUAAACUUGGUCCACGGAAAAAACUCCCUCCUGAUAACGUUCUGUCAGCUUUAACGUCCGGGGCACUGUUUCACCAGCAAGAGGUCAACCUGCCCAACGAUGCCGGAUUUUUGGCAACAGUGGGACAAUUGUCUCUGGUUUGUGACGUUAUUCGUGGUUUAGUGGAACAGUUUGAUAUUCAGACCGCUAACUACGCCCGGGACUUUGCCCUUUUUAUCGCGCCAAAAGUGAGCAGUGGAAAAAUGAAUGAAGGCUAUCUGUUGAUUCCCCUCAACUAUGAUGAAUACUUGCUCGACUCCCCCGUGUACUACGAGGAUUUCGGCCUGUUCUUCCGGCGAAUCUCAUGGACCGUUCCCGUCGAUUACUGUAGGUUGCCGCAGCCAAUGCUGAUAUAUUUAUUCGAACAGGUUGCCGAAGACUAUCUUUGUGGACAGUGGAUUUCAGGGGAGCUGAAUUCGAACCCAAACGAUUCGGUGGAGGAAUGUGCACGCGUCUCAGCAUUGUUGUGGUACGGACGAGGUGGAUCUGAGUCAAUUCAGCGAUUUUAUUUUGGCGAGCAAAAGAUUUUUGCCGACUCAGCAGCUUUGUUGUGUAAUGUCUUGUUCCUCCAUAGUGCGGAAGCUCUCAGUCUCCGUCCGGAAAGACUUCACGUUGCUGACGAACAAUGGUUGAGGGCGGUAAAACGUUUCCUUCUUCAGGAAGCAAAAAGUUCUCUAUUGGAUGCUCAGGCAGCAUUUUUGCAGGCACUGGAAAAAUGGCCUUUGUUUGGCGCUACUGUUUUCUCGGCAGAGUCCAAAUGCCCACUGACCAGUUCACCCAAUAAAAAGGAUGGCAGCUCCAGGGUGUGGGUUGCUGUCACUCGGUUCGGUGUGCAGUUUCUAGACUAUCACACUCGUCAGUCCAUCAGCUCGUAUCGGUUCGAGGAAGUGGCUAGCACCAGAGUGAACUACAUGGUUGAACAUGCUGAAUGCACAGAAGGUACUGUAACCCUGACAACCAUCAAAGGAAUUAACCUGGUGCUUCAGCUAAAACAGGCAAAGAUGUUCGUAUUUGUCCUCAAUCAAUACCAGCGAGUGCUUUCUGCCGAUUUACUUGCUUCAGAAUGAUGGGAUAUCUACUUGAGAAACGACUUCCUGGCGUUGUCCUACUGGCACUUCAAGAGUGAUUGUUUUUCGUCAAAUGAAGAUAUAAUACUCGAAAAAAGUCACGCCCUUCUUGUUCUUCAUAACUGACUGAACUUACCCUGCCAUUCCAAAUGCGAAAAGCCAUAUA